CCGUUUCGUUACAACUAACGCAACGCCAUGGGCGAGAAGCGAACGACGAAGGCAGGGCAAACUACCAUCGGCGCAAGCAUUCUGCCUGGCCUACCUCACGUUAUGUUGAGGUUGAAGGUGAAACAAAUAUCCGGCGAACGCCGUGUUGCAAUGGUGGGAUACGUGUCUACAUGUGCGGUCACAGGAUAUUGUGUUUACGUUGGGAGAGAGUCCGUUAAUGUGUGGAGGUUGAGGGUCAGCAACAGCACGACCAACCGUCCGCCCGGUUCGAAUUACAAUCGCUUUGGCUGUAAAUCCUCUAGAGAGGCAAAAUUAUUAGGCACAACCGGCAAUCCUCGGAAAUUAAUGAAGCGGCGGGGAGCUAUGCGGUUUCUGCCAAAUAUAUGAUCCUGUAGAGGGAAUUGUGUUGUUCUAUCGCUGCUCACACGAAGAGACCAAUUUAGAAAAAUGGGCUACGGUCAAGUACGGACCAUUGGCGGGUGUCAAGUGCAAUCAACGCAUCAUGUUAUUGACAGGGACACCUGUGUUCAGGUGUGAGAAGUGCCAUCAUCCAACCCCCAGUGAUACACGUAGCUCUACCGUACCGACAGCUGUGGUUAUUGUGGGUGGGGUGUUAAGAGUGUAAACACCACAAAACCGCAAACUACCAUCUGCCGCCCACCUGCUGCACGUUCGCUCCUGCAGAGCAUCCACCGACGAGGCAC